GUAUUAAAUGUCUCGAGAGCAGCAGUGUGCGGUGAUUCACGCUGAGACAGUGACACACGGCAGCACAGCAGCGUUAAAUAUCUUAGUUUCACAUAUCGCUGUUAUUGAUUAUUGAUUGAAAGAGGAUACAUUUUCACAUACGGGUUUUCUUGGAUUAAACGCACUCUGAAGAUUUAACGUCACUCAGCGGAACGUUUGGAUUUUACUCAGUUUUCACAUCAAGUUUAUCCUGGGAGUCCUAACGGCAGCCAUAAUGCCGCCAGUGCUGACCAUGUCCAGCGUGAACUAUGAUUACGACUACGACACAGUCCAGCCCUGCUUCUUCCUGGAUGGCGAGGAGGAGGACUUCUACCUGCCUCCACGCAGCCAGCUCCUCCCAGGCCCCGGCGAGGACAUCUGGAAGAAGUUUGAGCUGCUGCCGACGCCUCCCCUGUCCCCCAGCCGGACACCCUCCCUGUCCGACGUCCCUCUCUCCGCCGCUGAACACCUGGAGGCGGUGUCUGAGCUGCUGGACGAGGACUGCAACCCCUCCGCAGCCUUCCUCCAGUCCUUCAUCAUCCAGGACUGCAUGUGGAGCAGCAGCUUCGCCGCCGCCACCAAGCUGGAGAAGGUGGUGUCCGAGAGGCUGGCCGAGCUGCGGGCCCGUCGGGACUCCUCUGCAUCCAACAACACUAACAGCACUGCAGACACAGCGGCUGACCAGCAGGCGGGCGGCUACCUGCAGGACCUCCACACUGCAGCGACGGACUGCGUCGACCCCUGCGUGGUGUUUCCAUACACCACACUGAAGAGCUGUGAUGGAGCUGCGAUGGAGGUGGCGACAAAACUGAGUCUGGACUCACCGCCUCUCAGCAGCAGUGACAGUGAAUCAGAAGAAGAAGAAGAGGAAGAAGGUGAGGAGGAAGAGGAGAUUGAUGUGGUGACGGUGGACAGGCGAAAGGUGUCACGGCAGUCAGACACCAGCAGCAGAGCGGAUGCCUCCCCGCUGGUCCUGAAACGCUCUCACAUCAACAUCCACCAACACAACUACGCUGCCCAGCAGCCCUCUGCCACCCUUCAGCAGCCCGCCGUGAAACGGAUAAAGAUGGAGAGCAGCUGCUCGGCGCUGAGGCCAAGCGGUGGCCGGCGGUGCUGCAGCCCUCGGUCUGACGGCGAGGACAACGACGACAAACGCAGGACUCACAACGUGCUGGAGAGGCAGCGCAGGAACGAGCUGAAGAUGAGCUUCAUGACUCUGAGGGACGAAGUCCCGGUGGUGGCCAACAACGACCGAGCGGCCAAAGUGGUGAUCCUGAAAAAGGCGACAGAGUACAUCUGUGAGAUCAGAGAGGACGAGAGGAGGCUGCUGACGAUGAAGGAGGCGCUGAGGAAGAGGAGCAGAGAGCUCAAACACAGACUGGAGCAGCUGAGGACUUUACAUUAACUGCUGCUUAGUUUGAAUUUUAGUUUAUUUCAUAUUAUUGUUUAUUAUAUUUUCAUGUCAGGAACUGACUUCACAACAUCCGGCCUGUAACCGACGUCUUUAUAAAUAAUUAUUUUGUGUAUUUAGUAUAAAAAAUGACUCAUGAAACUCUGAACUACAAGGACCAUAAUGCACUGAGCGGUGUGCUGGCAGCUGGUCUGUGAUCAGUCAAACUGUCUGUUUGUUUAUAUUUAUUUUAUUUUAUUGACAGUAGCUUAAUUUAAAGUUUAAUUCAGAGUUCAGAUGUUUGAUCAAAGAAAAUACGUUUAUAUUCAGCGUCUGACUGACUUUAACUCCCAGCUGAUCACGAUGAUCAAUAAUUUAUUUUUAGUUUAUUUAAGCAAUAAUGACUUCCUAAAGCAUGUUUGUGUUUAUUAUAUUAUUAUAUUUUUCAAACAGUUUAUAUUUUUAUAUUUUCCUUCUUUGGCACAAGAGGAAGUACGUGAGAAACAUUGCAGACUCUUCAAAAUAAAAGCCCUUCAGACACUGGAGGCCCUUUCAGUGUAA